AUGGCCGCAGCCACUGCCUCGCCGCCUCUGACCUCAGCUUCUCCCGGUUCGCCUACCCAACGUGACUCAGUUUCUAUACGACAGAGCCUGUCGCCACCAAGGAAACCCGUCGCAGGAACUAUACGGAAGCCUGUUCCGCAACUGUCGGCGGCCGACGAUUCCGAGAGAAGCUCGUUCUCGCAAGAAGCGCCGAUAUCUCCUGGCCAGGCGAAUUCGCAACAAGAUGCUCAAGUCCGGCCUCUAAGUCUUGGUCUUGACAGCGCGCCUCAACUUGCAGAGGACACUAGCUUUGGGUCUCUCGCCGAUUUUGGCUCGCAGAGCCAGGAACACUCGUUUGAGGGACUGCUAAGCACUCCCGUCUCCGGCGGCCUUGAUCUACAACUCCCGUUUAUUGAGGCGUCGCAGCGGCAGUCGUCCCAAGAUGAUGUUUCUAGCCCAGCGAUUGUUACCAGUCCCCCUAAACCGGACCGUGACCCCCCGCCUGCUCCUGUAGCUGCGGCUGACAGAACUGAUUCGGCUGCUACCAGCCCUCAGGAGCGCAUGGGAAAGCAGGAUGUUUACAGAAACAGCCGUGAGUCUGAUGAGGCGACCAACACCUCUCAGGAGCCCAUUUCUUUCAAAUCUUCAGCAACGACAAGCGCAAGUUCAUUAUCAGGCAUAAACGAAGGACCGGAAUAUCUCCCUGAAGAAGAAGACUCUCCCGGCAGCUCCAUCAUCGAGGGUAACCUGCCUCGAGGCCAACACGCUCCGUAUCGCAAGCAGGAGCACCCGCCCCGCGUCUCCAGCGUUCCAAAUGAAGCCAAUCGAAAUCCUUCCAACCCAGAAUUAGUUGAUAGUGCAGGCAACAUCAGGCGCCAUCUGACUCCCACAUCCAAUAACCUCAGGAGAAGCUCACUGUCACGGCCCCAGUCUGCCUACUCUGUUCUUUCGGAUGGGCAGCGGGGGCGGUCGCCGGCAUUGAUGCCUGGAGGCUCACAUAUGCGCGCUCCAUCAGUUCAGUCGCGAAAGUCACCAGAUGUUCGCCUUUCGACGUACGCUGAGCUUCUCAAUGUGCCUUACCCUCAACAAGCACCUCCACCCAUCACAAUGGACAAUUCGGGACUUCGAAAUGUAGUUGGCAACAACGCCUCAUUACUUAGCGUGCAGAAGACGCUCGAGAUGUACCGUCAGAAUGUCAAGAAGACCAACGAUUUUACCGUGCAGUAUUCCUUUGCCGUCUUUCUGAUAUCUGUGGCCCAGGAGCAGGGACUGGACUUUUCCAGCCCCAAAGGCCGCAAGAACAGCCCACAGCCUUUCCGCGACCUGGACAGUCCAGUUGUCGAGGCUUCCGUGGCCACUCCUCCUGAGCUGGUCCGGGAAGCUAAGCAGAUCUUGCAGCGCUUGUCCAGCGCAGGCUACCCCUUUGCGCAGUACUAUCUUGCCGACGGCUAUGCUUCAGGUCUCUUCAACAAGGGCAAAGAAGACCACAACCAGGCCUUUCCUCUCUUCGUGAUUGCUGCAAAGCACGGCCAUGCCGAGUCUGCCUACCGAACGGCUCUCUGUUAUGAGUUUGGCUGGGGAUGCCGGAAAGAUCCUGCCAAGGCGGUCCAGUUCUUGCGUACCGCUGCCGCCAAGAGGCAUCCGGGUGCCAUGACGCGCCUUGGUAAGGCUUGCCUUUCCGGAGAUUUGGGAGAGAAAAGAUAUCGCGAGGGUAUCAAGUGGCUGAAAUUGGCCUCUGAGUCUGCUGAUGUGCAGUAUAAUGCUGCUCCCUACCAGCUGGCAUGCUUGUAUGAGACGGGUUAUGGUGACGACGUAUUCCGCGAUCUCAAUUAUGCGGCCGAACUGUUUACACAGGCUGCGGAACUGGGUCACCCAGAGGCCAAUUUCCGCAUGGGUGAUGCUUACGAGCAUGGAAGCCUCAACUGCCCCCGAGACCCGGCACUUAGCGUUCAUUUCUAUACCGGUGCUGCUGAACGAGGACAUGCACCGGCCAUGAUGGGCCUGUGUGCGUGGUACAUGGUUGGUGCUCCGCCAAUGCUGGAGAAGGAUGAAGAAGAGGCGUAUGAAUGGGCUCGCCGAUCUGCAGAUUUGGGCUUUGUCAAGGCUCAGUACGCAGUUGGAUACUUUACCGAAAUGGGUAUUGGAUGCCGACGAGACAUUCUCGAGGCCAAUGUUUGGUAUGUCAAGGCCGCAGAUGCGGGCGAUGAGAGGGCCAAGCAGCGACUGGCCAUUAUACAAGCGGCCGUCUCUGGCCAAGGAACUCCCAUGGAUGUUGCCUCUCCGAAGAACGCCAAACUAGCAAAGGGAGGCAAGGACGAUAAGGAUUGUAUCGUCAUGUGA